ACUUGAUUUCUAUAAUAGCAACUGCGUGGCAUUUAAGUUAUGAAAGUUGAAGGCCACAUUUAUGGUAUUCUGAUCAUCUGCAAUUGUUGUAAAUAGGCUCGUGGGAUUCUUAGAGUUGAAGCAAUUGAUUUUAAUCUGUUGAGCUAAAAAUGGCAGAGACUGUUAAGGAGAUGUGCGUGACAGGAGGCACAGGAUUCAUCGCUGCUUAUCUCAUUCGUGCUCUGCUCAACAAUGGCUAUGUUGUUCGCACUACUGUGCGCAAUCCAGAUGAUGUGGAGAAGAUUGGGUAUCUGUGGGAUCUGCCUGGUGCAAAGGAGAGGCUCAAAAUAUUGAAAGCAGACCUUCUAGAAGGAGGCAGCUUUGAUGAGGCUGUGAAUGGUGUUGAUGGGGUGUUUCAUACUGCUUCACCUGUCUUAGUACCAUAUGAUGACAAUAUCAAGGAGACCUUGAUUGGUCCUUGUGUGAAUGGCACCCUCAAUGUGCUCAAGGCGUGCUCAAGAUCACCAUCUGUGAAAAGGGUGGUGCUUACCUCUUCCUGUUCAUCUAUCAGAUAUGACUACAAUACCCAGCAGGUUCCUACUUUAGAUGAGUCUAACUGGAGCAAUUUAGAGUACUGCAAACAGUACAAUCUUUGGUACGCAUUUGCAAAAACUCUUGCUGAGAAAGAGGCCUGGAAGUUUGCACAAGAGCAGGGGCUCGACCUUGUUGUGCUAAACCCAUCAUUUGUUAUUGGGCCACUUCUUGCUCCUAAACCUACCAGCACUAUUUACCUAGUCUAUAACAUAAUGAAAGGAGGAAAUAACAAAACAUAUCCAAAUGCAAGGCUAGGUUUUGUUCAUAUAGAUGAUGUAAUAACAGCACAUAUAAUGGCCAUGGAAGUACCAUCAGCAUCAGGGAGAAUUAUAUGCUCUGGUGAUGUUGCUCACUGGGAAGAAAUUGUUAAAAUGCUCAAGGAGAAAUACCCAAUGUACCCAAUUGCAGACAAAUGUGGAGCAGAGCAAGGGAAUGCUUCACCUCAUAAGCUGAACACUGGUAAAUUAAGAAGCCUUGGAUUUGGCAACUUUAAAAGCCUUGAGCAGAUGUUUGAAGACUGCAUCACGAGCUUCCAAGAGAAGGGACUCUUGUAGAGUUUGCCUUACUGCCUAUAAGAACUGUUACUUGUGUCUCGGGUACUGCUCUUCAGUCUUACGUAAAUGCUAGAUGAGAUAGAAAUAUGUUGAAAUAACUGAUUAAGGUUUGCCUAAUAAUUAGGAUCAUGUUAAAUUUGAAUCUUUUGACUAGCUAUGGCAGCGUGAUAAAGAGCUGAAAACCUGAAAUCAGUAUUAUAUUACUGAUCAAAAGAUGAAUUAAUUUUGAAUGUUUUAGGUGUUGGGUUGAAUAGUAAUCUACAACUUAGUCUUUGGUCAUUUUUCA